UUAAUACAAGUCUGAGAAUACAGAUUAUCAAAAUUUUUAUACGAAAUUAAGUGAUGCAAAUUUUUAUAUUGACAGUGCCAUCUAUUAAAACAGUCAAACUUUUAUAUUUUAUAAUUUAGAAAUAUGAAAUAAUAUGUAAUAAUAUAAUUAAUCGUUUUAAAACAUACUAGCAAUAUAUUUUUUUUAUUAAAAAUAUUAUAUAUAUAAUAAAAUAUAUAAAUAUUUAUGAUUGUUAUUUAAAAUAUAUUUAAAAAUUUGUAAUAUCAAAAAUUAUUAAAUAAAAAUAUAUUAAUAAUAAAAUUAUUUAAAGAAAUAUUUAAAUUAAUCAUAGUUUUCAACUAAAUUUUAAAAAAAAAUUUAUUCCAUGUAUGUUUAUCUGUUCACGAAUUAGAGCGCCUCUACAGUUAAGUUUUAUUGCGUUUGGGAAACUUCAUAGGAUUGGAGUAUUGUAUUUUUUUUAAGACAAAAGUUCGAAAGAGGAAAAAGUUUUCGUUCGAUAAAGUUAUACAUUUACAAUAUAUAACUGUUUCAUCUAUGUUCUCGUUCCAGUGUCGAUAGUAUUUCCAUGAAUUCUACGAUUACUAUCGAAGAUACCGACGAAGAGGUGAUUGAUUUGGACUCGAGCCAAGAUGCCAUCAAUGUUACUGACAAUGACCAAAGUGAAUAUUCGAUUGAAAAAAAUUCAUUAUCGAACAACAAUGCGAAGAAGACGAACAUAAUUAGUGAUUAUGUAGAUAAUAAUAAGAAUACAUCUAUGAGAGUAACAUGUGAUAGCGCAAGUACAUCAAAACCACUUUUGAAGGUUAUGUUUCGAGAUGAAAGUAUUUCACGGCAAUAUAAUAAAAAAAUUAAAGAAUUUCUAGAAGAAUUAGAAUCUUGCAAAAUUAGAUGUCAAGAAAAUGAUAAUGGUUUAACAUUAGAAGUUUGGGAUAAUGACACUGAUUCUAUAAGUCAGUCUAUUGAAAUUACUACAGAAAGUGAAGAUAGUCAAGAUAUAAUAUGUGAUACAUUAUUUACUGUAGAUAAACAACCAAAACUUAAAGAUGAUUUUGAUAUUCCAACUUAUGGAAAGAAAUAUGAAAAUGUGUUUGAUAAAGAAAUAUUAGAAUCAGAUAUAAAACUAAAGACUGACUGUCCAUCUUCAAGAAUGAUGUGUUUUAAUUGUUUGGAAAAUCAUAAUUUACGGGAUUGUCCAGAACCAAGAAAUUAUGCUAAUAUAGAAAUAAAUAGAAAAAAUUUCAAUAUGAAAAAUACAAGAACUGUUAGAUAUCAUUUGGAAGAUAAUCAAAGAUUUGGUCAUAUAAUUCCUGGUCAAUUAAGCAAUAAUUUACGUAAAGCACUAGGUUUGAGAAGUAAUGAAUUACCUAGACAUAUAUAUAGAAUGAGAAUGCUUGGUUAUCCUCCAGGAUGGUUAGAAGAAGCACGUUUACAACAUUCUGGUUUAUCUUUAUUUAAUUCUGAUGGUAUUCCAGUAGAAGAUCCUAAUGAUGAACCAGGAUCUAUUAUUGAAGAAGGUGAUAGAGAUCAGUAUGAUAUAAAAAAAAUAUAUGAUUUUCCUGGUUUUAAUGUACCAGCUCCACCUGGUACCCGUGAUGAGGAUGGACAAUAUUGGAUAUCAAGAAUGUUAACUAUUAAUAGUAAGCAAAGAAUGUUACUACAAUUAAGAGGGAAGAAAGCAGAUGAUGGAUAUAAGAGAAAAAAACUCAAGACUAUUAAUAGUGCAUCAAAUGAUAGUCCAGCACCACAACCUAGUGAAAUGGAAAUUGAAGAUACAGAAGAAAGUGUGGUAGAAUAUGUACCUGCUAAUGGGUUAUUUGUGCCACCAUUACCAUCAGAAUCUCCAUUGAAACCACCUGAACCACCAUUACCAGUAUCACAAACAAUAUCUGAAGAUUCAGAUUAUCAUUCUCAAGAAUUACAGCUUUCUAAGCCAGUAGAAAAUAACAUAUCACCUUCGCGAACGAAAUCCCCAUCAUUACUUGAAUUGGAAAAUAUGAAAAAACAAUUACUUGUAGAACUUCAAGAAUCAAAUUUAGAUGUUCCAUUAAAAAGCAAUUCUUCAAAUUCAGUUCCAAAAUCUGAUAUAUUACCAUCUAGUAAUGAAACUACUCCAGAAUCAAAUCAUAUUCGUCAAAAUGAAUUAAAUACAAGUCAUGGAAGUGUGAAAUCUAUUGAUUUAGGCACACCUGUGUUACAAAGUACAUCUCCAUAUAAUAAAUUACCAUCAUCUGAAAAAUUUUCAAAGAAUAUUUGCAAUGUGAUUAAUUACGAAAACUUACCGGAUUCAACGGGUAAGUACGAACAAAUGACAGGAGUUUUGCAAAAAGUAAGAAACACAUUGGCAAAACUUAAUCAAGAAUAGUCAUAAAUAUUCAAUUAGGUUUUAUAAUAUCAAAGGAAUAUCAUAAUUCAUAAAUAUAAAUUUUUCAUUAAAAAGUAAGCAAUAAUUCUAUGUUAUUUAUAGGUAUCUUAUUAAGAUAUAAAGAAAAAAUUAUUUUCUUUUCUCGCUAAAUUUCAUUAAAUAACUAUAAUUCUAGUUAGAGAAUAUAUUUUUAAUUAUAAUUAAUUUAAAAUAUAUAUAAUUUUUCAGUAAAAAUAUGUGUUUUAUAAAUUAAAAAAAUGUAUGAACCAUAUGUUUAUUCUUUAUUAUUUUUAAAUUUAUAUAUCUGCAUAUUUUUCAAAAGAUCAGAAAAUAUUUAAUAUAUUUUAUUGGUAAUUUUUUCUCUUAAUCUAAAAUGAUUGAAGGUUUUUUUUUUUUUUUGAAUGAUUUGUUCUAAUAAAUAAAAAAAUACAAUUAUAUUAAUUUUAAUUAAAAAUUUUUUAAUCAUUAUUAUAAAUAUAUUGCAAUUGAAUAUUUCUGACAUAAAUCUAUAUUAAUGAAAAAGAAAGAAAAUGCAAUGUAAAAUAAUCGUCCUUUUGAUUGGUCUUCCUAUUUGUGUCGAAAAGAUAAAAAAAAAGAUUCAUAAUUUUUAAAAAAAAUUAAUGAUACCUCACUUAUAAAAGAAGUACAAAUAUAUACUAUUUUUCUAUUAAUUAAUGACAUUUUCUCGCGUAAUAUAUUGUAAAUGAAUAUUAACUAUUUCAUAUUGAACAAAAGAUUUCAAAUUUUAUUUUAUAAUUAUUUCAAUUAAAUAUUAUUAUAAUAUUAUACUCAUUGCUAUAAAUUACAAUAAAUUUUGUUUAUAUGUCAAAUUUAUUUUAAAAUUAACGAAUAUUUUUAUCAGUACAAGCAAAAUUCUUGUACAUAGUAAAAUAUAAUCGUUUUUUAACGAUAAAAAUUGUUUGUAAUAAAUUCAAAUUAUAUUUAAAAUUAUUUUUAAAUAUUAAUUGUACUUAAAUUUAUAAAUUUUAAAUAUGCAUUUAAAAUAUUUCUCUUAUUACAUGUGUAUAAAUAAAUGUAUAAAUAAUUUUUUUCUUUUAUAACAUUUUUACUAUUAUGCGUUUUGCCUAUCAUUAUAAGUCAUUAUAUUAAUUUUAAUAGUUUUACACUGAUAUACAUAAUAUUUUAUUUGUGCACAUAUAACAUAAUGAUAUUAGAUUAUGGCUAAAAUAUAUUAUGUUCAUUUAUGUAUAUAAUUAAAUAAUGAAAAAUUAUCUUUGUUAUAUAUAUGUGAUAUUAACUUUCACAUAUAUAUUACAUAUGUCAUAUAAUAUUUAAUUACACAUAUACAUAUAUUAUUAGCAAUUAGUAGCAAAUAUGUUGAAAGAAAAAUAAUUGAGCAAUUAAUUUUUUUGCUCAAUAAUAAAUUUUAAGCAAAUAGAAAAUGAAAUUAAAAUUGUUAAUUAAAAAAUUUUUAUAUUAAAAUUUUCAUUCUAGUUUUCCAAUUAAAAAAUAAAUAAUUAUAAUAAGAUAAAUUCAUCAAUUUGGAAAACUAUGUAUAUAUGUAAAUAAAAAAAGGAAUGUGUUUUUGUAAUAAUGAUAAUAAGAUAUUAAUAGAAACAUUUUAACAAGA